CGUUACAAUCAUGUGAAACUCAAACUCUCAGAUGCGAAAGCAGAACCACAUUGGCCUUCUCGUAUUCAAAGAACUAUUGUACCCGCUUGGCCGCUUCUUUAUAUUUCAGAAUGUCCCCAAAAAAAAACACCAAGGCAAGCAAGCAUUCGCUGCAUUCCUAUUCGAAAGUCACGACUCGAAGUUUUCGCGGGCGAAAAGCUCCCCGAGCUUAAACCCACGGCAACCGGCGAAAUCCAAAGCGCCGAGCUUCUCCACUUGCGCUGACACAGUCCGGCGGUGGCUCGUAUGUCGUAUCAUCCUCAGUGGGAGAUGACAUGCACUCGUACUUAUUCCAGAUCACCUCCAAGAUCGCAUCGCUUUCCCGCUCAGGCUUCCUGUGCCAAGCACGGAAACUGUUCGACGAAAUGCCCAGCAGAGACACCGUGGCUUGGAACGCGAUGCUCACCGGCUACUCCCAGCUGGGUCUACACCGGGAAGCCCUUUCUCUCUUCCACGACAUGAGGCUCAGCAACGCCAAGCCAGAUGAUUUCACUUUCACUGCGACUCUGAGUGCCUGUGCUGGUCUGGGUUCCUUCCGCAAUGGGACCAAAAUCCACGGUCUCGUCGUGGUUGUCGGCUGUGGAUCCUCGCUCCCUGUCAACAACUCGCUUGUGGAUAUGUACGGCAAGUGUUUCGAUCCUAUCAGCGCCAGUAACGUGUUUCGAGAGAUGAAUGGCGUUAAUGAAGUCACCUGGUGCUCGCUCCUAUACGCUCAUGCCAAUUCCGGUAUGUUAACUGAAGCCCGACAAGUGUUUGGAUUAAUGCCUGAAAGAAUAGAUGUUGCUUGGAACAUAAUGAUCUCUGGGUUUGGGAAGUAUGGUGAAACUGAGUCUUGCUUGAAUCUGCUCGGACAGAUGCGAGAGAGUUCGUGUUGCCCUGAUCAGUUUACCUACAGUGCCAUUAUAACUGCUUGUGCUGAAUCCCUGGACUUUGUACAAGGAACUGUGAUCCAUGCUGUUGUGAUGAGAACAGGAUGGAGCUCUGCCAUGGAGGUGAAGAAUUCACUGCUCUGGCUCUAUGCAAAACUGGGUUCUUUGACUGAAGCUGUGAAGGUGUUCCAAUCUCCUGGAAUCCUAACACAGGUAUCUUGGAACGCCAUGAUUGAUGCAUACAUGAAAUCCGGAGAAACACAAAAAGCAUUUUCGGCAUUUGGACAAAUGCCCGAAAAGAAUGCAGUGUCAUGGACUUCAAUGAUCUCAGGGUAUGCACAGAAUGGAUGUGGUGAAGAAGCUCUGAACUUCUUUACUCAUAUGGUUAGAGACGGUUUGUUACCGGAUGACUACACAUUCGGGGCAGCCCUUCACGCGUGUUCCACCAUGGCAUUGAUAGUCCAUGGCAGGAUGGUCCAUGGAUCUAUAAUUCACUCUGGUUUCCAUACUUGUGCUUAUAUUGGCAACGGGCUAGUCAACAUGUACGCAAAGUGUGGCGAUUUGGACAGCUCGAUUAUGGCAUUCGAUGACAUCUACAAAAAAGAUAUAGUCUCUUUCAACACUAUGGUAUUUGCACUUGGCCUGCACGGGAAGGGAAACCAAGCUCUGCAACUGUACGAAGACAUGCUAGAGUCAGGACUAAAGCCAGAUAAAUUAACCUUCAUUGGCUUGCUAAUGAGUUGUAGUCACUCCGGCAUGGUAGAGAAAGGUCGAAUGCUCUUCGAUUCAAUGAGCUCGGUUCAUUCACUUUCCUAUGACGUGCACCAUGUUGCUUGUAUGGUUGAUCUACUAGGCCGGGCUGGAUACUUGUCAGAAGCCAGAGACUGGGCUAGCAACAUGAUCAGUUCAUGUGAAGCUUUGCUCGGAGCUUGUUCGGUGCAUGGAGAAGUGGCCAUGGCGGCUUCUGUAGGGGAGGUUAUGAAGUCUGUGCAGCCUGGAAACGAGACGAGCUAUGUGCUGCAAUCGAAUGUGUACUGUGCGAGUGGACAAUGGGAACAAGCGGAACUGCUUAGGAAGGCUAUGGCGGAGGAAGGGUUGAAGAAACCGCCUGGUUGUAGCUGGAUUGAAGUGGGGAAUAAGUUGACGAGUUUUGUGGCGGGGAACUGUUGGGCAGUUUCGUGCAAUGGGGAGCUGCGUGAGACUUUGUAUUCGCUUGAAAAUGAAAUGAGAAACUUCGGGCGUCAUUUUUUGGUGAUCUAAAAGAGUCUAGCAAACCAAACCGAUUGGGACUUGGGAGAGGGAAAAGGAACUGUUCGUGUCGAAACUUACAUAUAUCAUAGGGGCUAGGAUCAGGUGACUAAGAGGGGGCCUUAGUCACAUGACUAAGUCAAUCUCAGCCCCUCCACCUCAUUAAAAUAUAAUGGUUCAGAUUAAUCCAUUUUAAUGAAGGGUAAUGUGGUAAUUAUAUAAUUAAUUUAUUUAACGAUUAAAAAAAUAAUCCAACUCUCCCCGUCCGCAUCCGCGCGCCUAUUCCCUGAGCAUUUUCCGGCGAAGGCCGUCCGCAUCCGCGCGCCCGUUUCCUGGGCAUUUCCCGGCAACCUGCACCUCUGUUCCCAGGGCCAUGGGAUUAAUUUCCCCACCCAUCCAAACAAGUUUUUAUCCUCCCAACCCAACCCAACAGCUACGAGAGAGAGAGAGAGAGAGAGAGAGAGAGAGAGAGAGAGAGAGAGAGAGAGGGGGAGGGAGGGAGGGAGGGAGGGAGGGAGGGAGAGGGAGGGAGGGAGGGAGAGAGAGAGAGGUAGGUAGGUAGGGAGGGAGAGAGAGGGGUAGGGAGGGAGGAGAGAGAGAGAGAGAUUUUGUACUGUUAGUAUGCUUUGUAUUGUUUGUCGGUUUAUUUUGUAAUGUUUGUACGCUUUGUUAUUUUGUAAUGUUUGUCGGGUUUUUUUGUAAUGUUUGUACGCUUUGUUAUUUUGUAAUGUUUGUAAACUUUGUUAUUUUUGUGUACCGUGUUUAUCAUUUUUGUCAACCACGGGUUGACUUUGGGAAGGAGCCCCUCUAUAUAGGGAUGGAGCCUCCAAAGUCAACCCGGGUGUUUUUUCAGUUCGUAUGGAUUGUCGGUAUAGUUUGUCAUUUUUGUCCACCAUGUUCGUACUGUUUGUAUGUCUAAAAAACACCCGGGUUGACUUUGGGAAGGAGCCCCUCUAUAUAGGGAUGGAGCCUCCAAAGUCAACCCGGGUGUUUUUUCUUUUUGUAUGGUUUGUAUUGUUUGUUGGUCUAGUUUGUAUUGUUUGUACAGUUCAUACGUUUGUAAUGUUUGUAUGUUUUGUCGCUCUAGUUUGUACUGUUCGUAUGUUUGUUUGGUUUGUACUGAUUGUAAAUCCAGUUUGUAUACUUUGUAAUUUUCCAUAAUACCCAAACUACCCCUGUCAUUAAUUAAAUAGCCCUUCCCACUUUUUAACCAUUAGAUUGAAGUGUCCAGAUCUAAUGGCUAGGAGGGGCUUAGUCAAGUGACUAAGGACCCCCCCUAGUCAUGGGAUCCGCUCUCUAUAUCAUAGCCUCAAAACAAUAUAUAAAACGCCUUCUUAAGAAAACUUUUCAAUUGUUUCUCAAACGUCUGCUGGGUUUGGUCCAUCAGCCGACAGUGGUAAUGGUUGUUGUUGCCAUCCUUUGGAGGAUCUGGCGAUCUCGGAAUCGGGUAGUCUUUGAAGGUAAACAAUUCGGGAUCCCGGCACUCAUGCGCCAGUUUAAUCAGCAGUAUGAGGAAUGGACGGCCCUUCCAUCGGACCAGAUACCGAGGACGCCGUUCCCGAUAGUACAAUCUACAUCACAAGUGGGAGAUUCUCAUUUGGUUUGUAUGUGGGAUGGAGCUACUAAGAGGGGGUCGCAUUCGGCCGGUGGUAGGGAUGGCAAUCAAACCCAUGGCCGCGGGUAUCCGACCGCCCCCGACCUAGUCAACGCGGGGAAUCCCCGCUUUGACCUGGUAUGGGGCGGGUAUGGGUAAAACCCGCAAAAAGUUUGAUGGGUAUGGGGCGGAUAUGGUUUUAGCCUCCCCCGCCCCAUACCCAUCCCCAUACCCGCCCCACCAAGAUAAUUUCUUCAUAUAUAAAAAAAAAUAUGUGCAUCAAAUUAUAAUCUAUCAAUGAUGAUGAGGAUAACUUAAGAAAAUAAAUAGUAGAAAUGCAAUUGAUUGACCACCUUAAUCAAAAUCUAAUUCAUUU